GAAUUUGAACUAUGAUGUGCAAUAAAUGACAUUGCAAUAGCGGAAGUAAACGGGUGAGGAGGUCUCUGUUUUGAUUCAAUCGCGAUCCUGUCCCCUGUAAAGAGGCUCCAGAGGCACCAGUUGCUCGGCUGGAAAAGCAGACCCACGGCUCACAUCGGCCUUCACUCACUCCGUCACUGCCAAGACUUUAAGAUGUCGAAGAAGCUGUUGCUCUUAGAUGUUGACUGUGGGGUGGAUGAUGCCCAAGCGAUCAUGAUGGCUCUUGCAGCUCCUGAUGUACACGUCCUGGGUAUAAUGUGUACUCAUGGAAAUACAAACAUUGAAAACGUGUGCAAAAAUGUACUUCGAGUGCUAAAGGUUUGCCAGAGGACAGAGAUCCCCGUAUAUCGUGGUGCAGGUGCAUCGAUUCUGGAAGAGCAGCUAAAUGGUGCCCAGUACCAUGGAAAAGAUGGUCUAGGUGAUGUUCCAGAUUGUAAUGCUCCAGGGCUAGAACACCUACAAGCUGAAUAUGCAGUAAAUGCCAUCACAAGAAUAGUCACUGAACAUCCUGGUCAGGUCUCGCUUGUGGCUACUGGCCCCCUGACCAGCAUUGCUUUGGCAUUUAAAAUGGACCGCACCUUUCCGUCGAAGUUAAAGCAUCUGUACAUCAUGGGAGGAAACAUGGAAAGCAGGGGGAAUGUAACGAUGUGUUCUGAGUUUAACUUUGCAGCAGAUCCUGAAGCAGCUUAUAUCGUCUUGAAUCACUUUACUUGUCCCAUGUAUAUUGCAACUUGGGAAUAUUGUCUUCGCCAUGUGCUACCUUGGGAGUUUUUUAAGGAGUGGGUAAACCAAGGCACUGAGAAAGCUUGCUUCAUGAAGAAGAUAACAGCACACAGUGAAAAAUUUUCCAGAGGCAAGCAAGGUGAUAGAGAGAUGUAUUUCGGACCUGGCUUUGUGUCCUGUGAUUCUUUUGCAGUGGCAGCUGCUAUUGAUGAGAGUGUUGUUACUGAAUACAAGAGAUAUGGAGUAAGUGUGGAGUUACAAGGUUCAGUGACCAGAGGGAUGAUGAUUGUGGAUACACUUAACACACUGCAAAAAGAAAAUCAAGCUUUUAUUAUGACAAAAUGUGAUGUUGAGAAGUUAAAGCAGCUCAUGAUGUCUGCUCUGAAGUAGCAGGCUAAAAUAACAUGGGCAAAAAGAAAAUUGAUCACAAAUAUCAGUAGACUUUCUAGAGUGCAUAGUGUGAAUUUGCCUUUACUGUCAAGUGACUUUUCCUGUUUUCUAUCAAUUUACUAGAGUGUUUCUUUCACUUCUUCUUGGUUUUGCCACGCCCAUUAUCAUUUUCUCCUAAAAGCAUAGGGUAGGACUCACUGGGUUACAGGUGUCCUCAUCCGAGCUCUUCAUUUUCAUGUUUAACUGCAGGUGUUGAAUAUUGGCAGACCAGUGUUCAUGUUCACAGUGAUUCACCCAAUGAAAUAACUCCACAGAGAGCGGUAUCCCAUCACCAAGUCACCCUUUAUUUACAUGUGGAAAGUCCUUGACUCUGUCACAGCCUCGGCAGAGUCAGCACCCAGAGUGAACGGAAUCUCUGACACUCCUCUUUACCUGUUGGCCAGGGCUCCCUGAUAAGGACAUAUUAACAGCUCCAAUCAGGGAAACUCAUAUUUGAUCAGGUCCAGCUGGUUGACCUCAUUGCAGUCACUGCACCCAGUUUCUACAUGAGCAGUCGAGACCCGGUCAUUGGAUAGUCACAGCAGCAGAAAGCUUUGUUGAAUUUAUAUUAUUUUGCAGGAACAGUUAUCAUGCUUCUAAUAAACUAUCUCCACUUCGAGUAGAAA